CCCGCCGCUUCACUCAGUCUGGAGGAAGACUCCCGGUCAGAAUCAUGACUCGGGCAUCGCUGUCCAACAAUUACAACGGCAGUCGGGCAACAGCAGCAGCAGCAGUAGUCGUGGGCGCUGUGGUGUCGCUCCACGGCGUUGUGAGAGCUGGGGCAGGGAUAGAGACACGUUUAUAGGGGGGGGGGGGCUCUCUAGCACGAAAGCUGCUGUUAUUUUCUUUUUUACAUUUCCAUUUGUUUCUGUGUUUUCUCACUUUGGCGUGCUGCGUUGUGCACCGUGAAGAGCGGGGCGAGCGCUCGGCUGACUAUGGGGACCUCUGUGUCCAAGCGAAGACAAAUGCGAGCAGAAGCUAUUUCCUCAGCGGCAAUUAAAUUCAGGGCAGUGAAAUCUUUCGGGGACUACGUUCAGCUCGGUCACAUGCAGGGCCACGAAAGAGGAGGCACAGAACGGUGCUUGUCGGAGCCCGGCGUGGAAGCACCAUCGGCGGUGGCAUCGGCGGCGGCGGCGGCGGUGGUGUCGGCGUCAGCCGCGACGACGCCCUCCCCGUGCCUACAGCCCCCCUCGCUGCUCCAGCAGAAGCGUCGCCUCUCGCUUAGCCGCAGCUUCUCGGACGAGGCGGCGGAGCGUACCCCCGCCACGCCGGCUCCCUCCCCCUCCGUCCCCUCCAUCCCCUCCUCGUCUCCCGUUCCCGCGCCUCCUCCUCUGCCCGACCCGGGGCUGCUGCAGCCGCCCAAGGUGUACACCAUCCUCAGCGACGAGCGCGACUACGGACCCCCGUCCCCGUCGCCGCCGCCGCCCUCCCGCUCCGCGUCCGCCCGGACCUCUCCGGCCGCCGGCUGCAGCCACGGCGGCGGAGGCCACAGCAAGGAGAACAAGGGCAGGCGCCACCUGCGCUGGCUUCACGCAAUCUCUCGGGGAUCGCACUUCAGCGGCAGCAGCGGCGGCAGCAGCAGCGCCGGGAGCAGCCGGGAUGGUGGCGGCGGCGGCGGCGGCUCCAGCGUGAGGGAGCGCGACUCCCUGGAGUGCCCGGCUUGCGAGAACCUCGGCGUCUUCAAGCAUUCCUUCGACCUGGAGCAGGAGAAGGCCGAGCAGGAGGCGCUGAGCAGCAAGAAGAAGCUGGAGCGCAUGUACAGCAUGGAUCGCAUCUCCGACGACAUCGAGUGCCGGAGUUGGUUCCCCAGCGAGAGCAUGCACAUGCUGCACAGCACUGCGUCGACGCUGCAAGCUGCCUUCCGUGGAUACGCGGAGCGGAAGAGACGCAAGCGGGAACUGGAUCCUUCAGCGAUGGUGCAGAGGAACUUCCACAAACAUCUGCGGAUGGUGGGACGGCACCGCGGGAGGGCUGCAGUGUCCCUCGACCGUCAAGAAAGCAGAGAGUGUGGCCGGGCCCUGCCUCUGAGCGACGUGUCGCAGUCCAAGUCCGACCCAGUCCUCGAUGCUCGAUUCAGUCACGACAUGCAGAGCGCCUACGAGAGGUUGCACAGGGAGCCCAACAGCGCCCGCUGGGAGGAGGAGAGGGAGAUCGAGCUAGAAUCUUGCAGCCGAACGGACUUCAUCCCGCCUAAAGUUAUGCUGAUUUCAUCAAAGGUCCCAAAGGCCGAGUACAUCCCCAACAUCAUCCGCAAAGAUGAUCCGUCCAUCAUCGCUAUCCUUUACGACCAUGAGCAUGCAACCUUUUCUGACAUUUUAGAUGAGAUAGAGAAGAAGCUGAAUGAAUAUCGAAGAGGCUGCAAAAUCUGGAAGCUUCUUAUUUACUGCCAGGGAGGGCCCGGGUACUUGUAUCUGUUGAAGAAUAAGGUGGCAACAUUCGCCAAGCUGGAGAAAGAAGAUGAUUUAAUUAUGUUCUGGAAGUGCCUCGGAAGCUUGAUGAGCAAGAUCAACACCGAGCUCAACGUCGUCCACAUUAUGGGAUGCUACGUGCUGGGCAAUCACAAUGGAGAGAAGCUGUUGGACAGCCUCAAGUCUAUAAUGGGGCCCUAUCGGGUGUCUUUUGAGUCACCACUGGAGUUGUCUGCUCAAGGCAAGAAGAUGAUAGAAACCUACUUUAGCUUUCGUCUUUAUAAGUUAUGGAAGGCUCGGCAGCAUUCCAAACUUGUGGAUGAUUUUGACGAAAUCUUAUGAGUAAACGUUUGGUGUCGAAGCAAGAGAUGGAACCACUGAAGGGGUUUGAAGUUUGAAAAGGAGGGAAAAGGAGAGCGCUUUUGCUCUGUAUCCGUCCUCAAUGAAGGCAGUUUUGUGGCCAUGGCGGCUGUUAUAUGUGCUCUGAUGAAAUUCACACCCAGGCACAAGAGAAAGCCAAGCCUUAGGCCUACGUUUCUCUGCCUCGUGUCUCUUUUUAAGGUAAAAUGCACAUAGAAUGCCCCGGGAGGCAUGUGCAAUUUGUAUUGAACAUCAUUGCACCAAAGCAAUUGGCGGCUGGGAUUUUUAGUGUGAAAACAUUUAAGGAGCUUCCUCGGCCAUUUGUUUCUGUGCCACUCAGAGCAUCGUCCGGAAAGUGGGGGCCUUUAAAGGCUACGAAGUAUAUUUGGAAGGUCGUUGUGCAUACCAGCACACAGUUGGUGAGCAGUAGAUUGCUUUUGAUGGUUUUAAAGACGAUGGUACUGGUUGACUUUCACGUGGCAUAUAAGGCAUGGUGUUGAAACGUGCUGUUUAAUGUACAUUUUGCUACACCGUUUUUAAAUACAUGUUACACUACACUUAAGACACUGUCACUAACACAGACAAAAACUGUUGUUGCUGCAGACAGAAACAUUUUAAUUUUGUGUCGCAUUUACAAAACAAUACAUUGGUAUUUUACGUACUAAAAAUACUUUAACGGAAAAUGUAGGAGUAUUUGUAUACCGCACAUUUUAGUGAAUGGAUAUUGUACAAAUACGGUUGUUUGUAAGAACAAAAAAGAUCUAAGCCCAGUUACAGACAAUUUAGAAUUUUCACUUUUCAAAAUUGUUGAUGUGCAUCUAAAAUGGCACCACCCCAAUGACAUAUCUCAUGGCAAUAGUUCUGUUGACUUGUAAAAAAAAAACCUCUUAUGAAAUGGAUGUGCCUUUAUUUAGUUUAUUACUCUGGAAAAUAAAUAUAUAUUACGCUUUAGCGAUAUUUACCAGCAAAACUAAGGCAUGUUGUCCUCCCAGUUGAGCCGAUAAAACAGAUGCAAAUCAUUUGAUUGUUACGUUUGUUUCAUUCACCUGCAGUUGAUGUGCAACUCCGUUUAAACAUUUAAUAUCUUUAUAGGCGUGCAUUGUAAACUAUAUUGCCUAUCGUUGUAAACAUGUACACGCAGCUACUAUCCUUUAUCACACUUGUCUCUCAUUAGACACAGACUAAGCAUAACAUAAUAUUGCUUGGCAUGGUUAUUUAUUGAGAUCACUUAACUGGUAGGCAAUAUUGAUAUACUGUAUCGUACACACACAUUUCACUUCGACUUCCUAAUGGGUCGAGUUUGUCAUUUAGCAAUUCUUAAUGUCAUGAAGUCUGCUGCUAAUGUAAUGCAGCAGUACAGUUUAUAUUGUUAUUUAAACAUCAUCAGAAGUGUGUCAUUGUCAGGAUAACUUGUACAAGUCUCCUGAGAUUAAUGCCUGAUCUUUAGUAAAAGUAUAUAACUUAGCGAGAUGAUUUUUGCCUUUGAAGGAGCUGUGAUGUAUAAUGAUCUAUUUUGUGCUUUAAUUGCCUACUCGAGUUUAUGACAGAGUGCUUUCUUGUAUACAGAUCCUCCGUAAUCACACACUUUCUGUGGCCGCAUAUUUUUACGAUUGCUGGCAGAAGUCAUCAUGCGCAAGUUUUGUGUUAUAUAUUCUAUUGAAACAUGGUUAAUGAAAAGCACAAAAUACUAAUUAUGGUAAUAAAUACAGUACUAUAUAUACACCUGUACCUAUACCUGUUUUUCGUAAUUUUAUCCAUAUUAGGCAAGCUAGCAUUCCCAUGAUGCUUAUGAACGUAACACGAUUAUUGUUAAGUAAUACUUCAGAAUUUAACGUUUUAUUGCAUAGUCCCGAAAAGUGUGUGUUAGGUGCUGAGCACAUAACAGCGUUGCUUUUUAAAGAAAUGCUGUCGUUAGGUCUGAAUAUGCGUUGUGGUUACAGUUGGUUAACUUUGAGUGUAGCGUCAUGAAUUGGAAACCAUGUCUGCAAAGAUAAUUCAAUUGAAC